CUCUAUACAAUCAGUGCCGUCCAUUCUAUGACGUGAGGAUCGACCGUUGAUCCCGCUCACGUGAUAUACUGCAUAAUGCCCGCAUAAGUAGAUGAGUCAUUGUGGAAGUGUAUCGCACGUGACCUGUCCCAACGCCGCGGCGAUCGAAAUCCGUCGCAACAACAUCAUUCCUGGGCAGAUCACUUCUCGCCUCCCAACCAUCCCAUCUCACUUGAAUUAGGUUAAUUAGGUCCUGUCAUUCUAUCUUACAUUUCACAAUGUCCGACGUCACCGCCCUCGAGGCUGAGGUCAAAGAAUUCAAAAUCCAGCUGGAAACCGUCCAGUCCAGCUUGCAGGUAGACCCAGACAAUACGGAACUUCAGAGUCUCAAAGCUGAGCUGGAAGAACUGAUCUCCUUGACCGAAACCUCCAUCGCCGAACUACGACCCGCCAAACCCUCUGCCCCACCCAAGACGUCCACCUCGUCCUCCUCCGCCUCCCACCACAACCACAGCGCCAGCCACCAUCACCAUCCUCCCCAAUCCGACUCCCGGACCCCGACGGCGGAACCCCGCCCCGAGGAGCAAGCUCCCGUCUCCUUCUCCGUCAAUGACCACGUGCUGGCGCGAUGGGUCUCCGGCGACGGCGCCUUCUAUCCGGCCCGCAUCACCUCCAUCACAGGCUCCUCUAGCAACCCCGUCUAUCUGGUGUCGUUCAAGUCGUAUGCGACGGUCGAGUCUCUGACCGCCCGCGACAUCCGGCCCGUGACCGGUCCGGACUCGCGCAAGCGCAAGGCCGACGGGAGCGCCAGCAGUGCGACGUCGUCGCAGUCGUCUACGCCGCAACCGUCCCACGCCGGUGUCAUCUCGGCGGCCGCCGACAUCAACCCGGCGCUGGCGACUCAGGCGCGCAAGGAGCCCAGUAAGGUGAGCGAUGGGCCCGCGCGGCCGGCCAAGGUGCCGCGCAAGGUCAAGGCCACGCGCGAGCUAGAGGAGGGCAAGAAUAAGUGGAAGGACUUCGCCAGUAAGGGGAAGAUUGGUCGGAAGCAGAGCAUGUUCCGGACUGGCGAGGGGGUUAACGCACGAGUCGGCUUCACCGGCUCCGGCCAGCAGAUGCGCAAAGAUCCCACCCGAACCCGCCAUGUAUAUCAGCAAGGCGAAGAAGAAGGCUACUAGAGACGAGGGCAUAGGCAUGACCGAUAACGAAACGACCCUGGCUUGGUGACGAACUGCUUAUUUACACAUUUUUCAUCUCUUUUUUCGUUUUCAUA